AUGGCAACUGCACCAUACAACUACUCUUACAUCUUUAAAUAUAUUAUUAUUGGGGACAUGGGAGUAGGAAAAUCUUGCUUGCUUCACCAAUUUACAGAAAAAAAGUUUAUGGCUGACUGUCCUCACACAAUUGGUGUUGAAUUUGGUACAAGAAUAAUUGAAGUUAGUGGCCAAAAAAUCAAACUGCAGAUCUGGGAUACAGCAGGACAGGAGAGGUUUAGAGCUGUCACACGAAGCUACUACCGAGGAGCCGCGGGAGCACUCAUGGUGUAUGACAUCACUAGAAGAAGUACAUAUAAUCACUUAAGCAGCUGGUUGACAGAUGCAAGGAAUCUCACCAAUCCAAAUACUGUGAUAAUCCUCAUAGGGAAUAAAGCAGAUCUGGAGGCUCAGAGGGAUGUGACGUAUGAGGAAGCCAAACAGUUUGCUGAAGAAAACGGUUUAUUGUUCCUUGAAGCAAGUGCAAAAACGGGAGAGAACGUAGAAGAUGCUUUCCUUGAGGCAGCCAAGAAGAUCUAUCAGAACAUCCAGGAUGGAAGCUUGGAUCUGAACGCUGCCGAGUCUGGUGUACAACACAAACCUUCAGCCCCGCAGGGGGGCCGGCUAACCAGCGAGCCGCAGCCCCAGAGGGAAGGCUGUGGCUGCUAG